AGUGCGCAUGCGCAUGCGCGGCCGGGGAGGGGGGCGGGGCCGGGGCCGGGCCGAGCCGGACCGGGGCGACGCGGCCGGAUCCGACGCGAACCGGAGCGAAGCGGAGCGCGCGCUGCCGGCGCCGCCAUGUCGCAGCGGGGCGCCGCGGGCCCGGGGCCCGCCGCCAUCCAGGUGUCCAGGAUCAUGCGGCCGGACGACGCGAACCUGGCGGGGAACGUGCACGGCGGCACCGUGCUGAAGAUGAUCGAGGAGGCCGGCGCCAUCAUCAGCACCCGGCACUGCAACUCCGGCGCCGGGGAGCCCUGCGUGGCCGCCCUGGCUCGGGUGGAGCGUACGGACUUCCUCUCCCCCGUGUGCAUCGGCGAGGUGGCUCACGUCAGCGCGGAGAUCACCUACACCUCCAAGCACUCUGUGGAAGUGCAGGUCAACGUGCUGUCCGAAAACAUUUUAACGGGGGCUAAGAAGGUGACGAACAAAGCAACCCUGUGGUACGUGCCCCUGUCUCUAAAGAACGUGAACAAAGUUGUUGAAGUUCCUCCUAUUCAGUACGCGCGAAAAGAGCAGGAAGACGAAGGAAGGAAACGUUACGAAGAGCAAAAACUGGAUCGACUGGAAACUAAACAAAGAAACGGGGAUGUGAUCUUCCCUGUGAUCAACCCAGAUAGACAGACUAAAGAGCCACAUACUGUGGGCUACAGCCAGUCCAGCCUGAUUCACUUGCUGGGACCAUCGGACUGCACUUUGCUUGGCUUCGUACAUGGUGGUGUCACCAUGAAACUCAUGGACGAGGUCGCGGGGAUUGUCGCCGCCCGCCACUGCAAGACCAACAUCGUCACGGCCUCUGUGGAUGCCAUCAACUUCCACGAGAAGAUCAAAAAAGGUAGCGUUAUUACUAUUUCUGGACGCAUGACCUUCACAAGCAAUAAAUCCAUGGAAAUUGAGGUCUUUGUGGAUGCCGAUCCUUUUGUGGAUGAGCCUCAAGAAAGAUAUCGUGCUGUCAGUGCUUUUUUUACUUACGUGUCCCUGAGCAAGGAGGGGAAACCUCUGCCGGUGCCACAGCUGCUGACAGAAACCGAGGACGAGAAGAGGCGCUUUGAGGAAGGGAAGGGGAGAUACCUUCAAACAAAAGCCAAAAGGCAGGCGCAGAUGCAGCAGGCCGCCCAGCAGUGAUCUCCCGUCCGGACCGAGCUGCUCGCGGGGCGCCGCCGGGCAUCGCGUGCCGCUACAAGCGGUCACUUGGCCAAACUUCGGAAUUCCCAUUAGUGUUGUGUGAAGCGUGCGCGGGGCCUCGGGCGCUCCCUUCGUGCUGCCGCUGUCCCGCAAAGCAAGCUUUGAAAUGAAGCUCGCGUUUCGGACGUGAGCGGACGUGGAAAGCUGCACGCGCGUUCCUCUGCCGUCGGCAGUGCCGUGAGCGGCCGCCGCUGCUCGAAGCCGCCGGGCUGCGCGCAGCUUCUGAGUUCUGUCACUGCUGUUCAGCUUAUCAACUACACAAGGUCCAAUGUCCUAACCUGAGCCCUCGGAAGACCCGCAGGUGCUGCCUGGCGCUUCAGAAGUAUUCUCGUGGUGUUUGUUUGUCUCUCAAACCCCUAGCCCCGUUUUUGUCAUUUCAUUCCAAAGUACGGCCCUCGUCCGCGCCGCCGCGAUGCAGAGAGCAGGCGGCAGCACCGGGGACGCGCAAGGCCUCGAGUCUCUGUAACGCUGUGUUGAACUUACAGUAUGUCCUAAAAAUGUACACCAAAGCUUAUUUAUGAUACUCUGCAGUAUAAAAGCAACUGAGUAUUGUACUGAAUGUCUCAGACCAUUCCAUUGAAAUCUGUGUGGUAUCUCUGUGCACAUCUAAGUUAUUUAAGGAAUACUGUGACAUGAAUAAAGUCUGUCAGUCUCGGACUGAAAUGAAA